UUUCCAUGAUGUCUGAAGGCAACAUCACCACGCGAGACUGACUUAAGCCACGUAGCUAGCUGGUGUUUCGGCCCCCUGACAGAUGGACCAUCAGCUAGGUGGACAGCUGAGCAUCGCCCAAUUUGGUUAAGGCCGUCCUAAUCUGCUGCUGCAAAGUACUGCAACCACAGACCUGCUACUUCCUGUUCCAUUUGCUCAAGUGCCUAAGCUUACACACCUGCACUGAAGGACCUAUAAUAAACAAGAACUUGGUUUACCUACCCAUCUGCGCAAAGUACUGCUACUUUCAGUCCAGUCACACGUGUUCUGUUUAAGCUGUGUCAAUCACACACACCCACACUAGAAGGAUUUAAAACGCAUAGCCUGGUUCAGCGCCCACACACAAUCACAGCAAAUAUGGCCAGCAAGCUGUCCAACUUUGGCCAAACCCUGCUUCGUCGCCGGGCAUUAAAUGGCUUAGGUGAAGAGUCCCAGUUUGCCCGCUGCCUGUCCACCCUGGACCUCAUCGCCUUGGGGGUGGGCGCCACGCUCGGCGCCGGUGUCUACGUCCUCGCUGGCGAGGUCGCCCGGGAGAAGGCCGGACCCGCUAUUGUACUCUGCUUCCUCAUCGCCGCUCUGUCCUCCAUGUUGGCCGGCCUUUGCUAUGCUGAAUUUGGCGCCCGUGUCCCCAAAACGGGAUCUGCGUACCUUUACAGCUACGUGACAGUUGGAGAAAUCUGGGCCUUCAUCACGGGUUGGAACCUCAUCCUCUCCUAUGUGAUAGGUACGGCCAGUGUGGCCAGGGCGUGGAGCUCCACCUUUGAUAACCUGGUUGAGCAAAAGAUCUCUGGCUUUUUUAGAGCCUUCAUGGCAAUGGAGGUGCCAGGGGGGGUGCUGGCAGAGUACCCCGAUCUGUUUGCUCUCAUCCUCAUCCUGCUGCUUACUGGCCUUCUGGCCUUUGGUGUGAGCGAGUCGGCACUCGUGAAUAAGAUCUUCACAGGCAUCAAUCUGGUGGUUCUGGGCUUCGUUAUAAUCUCUGGCUUUGUUAAGGGGGACACAGCCAACUGGAACCUGACACAGGAAGACUACGUCAGAUUCAUAAAUGAAACCAACAGCAGCAGGCCUUUGAAAACUGAAAAGGAGUUUGGUGUGGGUGGUUUUGCUCCGUUUGGCCUCACUGGAGUCCUGUCUGGUGCUGCCACCUGCUUCUAUGCCUUUGUGGGCUUUGACUGCAUUGCCACAACAAGUGAAGAAGCAAAGAACCCCAUGCGGUCCAUACCUAUUGGCAUUGUGGCCUCGCUGCUGAUCUGUUUUUUUGCCUACUUCGGUGUUUCUGCCGCUCUUACCCUGAUGAUGCCGUACUACCAGCUGAACACCCAGAGUCCUCUGCCUGAGGCCUUUACCUACGUCGGCUGGGCUCCUGCUAGAUACAUCGUGGCUGUGGGUUCUCUGUGCGCUCUGUCCACAAGUCUCCUAGGCUCUAUGUUCCCCAUGCCCCGUGUUAUCUACGCUAUGGCAGAGGACGGGCUGCUGUUCCGUAUUCUGUCCAGGAUGAAUGCUCGCACAAAGACACCUCUUCUGGCUACAAUCGCCUCUGGCAUUGUUGCAGCUCUUAUGGCCUUCCUGUUUGACCUGGCAGCUCUGGUUGACCUCAUGUCCAUUGGAACUCUGUUAGCAUACUCUUUAGUGGCCAUUUGUGUCCUCAUCCUCAGGUACCAGCCAGGCACCCUGAAUUCAUCCAGCCAGACAGAGAAGCUGGUGGAGCUGGUGGGAGGGGAGAAGGUGCCCGUAAGCGGAGGGGACAGCGGUGACGAGUACGGCAUGGAGACGGACGAGAGGCCGCUCCGAGAGACUUUCACCGCCAAGCUGCUCUUCUGCCCAAGUGGAAAGAACCCAACAAAUAUCUCUGGGAACAUUGUCUACGUCACCACUGCUAUUAUUUCGGUUCUUAUCACUAUACUGUGCAUUACCCUGGCAAACUGUCUCUCAGGACUGCUGGCCGGGCACCCAGGCGUCGUGGUGCCCUGUGUCAUCCUGACUCUGCUCUGUGGCGUCUGUGUCGUCAUCAUCUGGAGGCAGCCCGAGAGCAAAGAGGCGCUCACCUUCAAGGUCCCUCUGCUUCCCUGGUUGCCCCUGUUCAGUGUUUUCGUCAACAUCUACCUCAUGAUGCAGCUGGACAUGGGUACAUGGAUCCGCUUCGCUGUCUGGAUGGCUAUUGGUUUUGCCAUCUACUUCUUCUAUGGCAUUAAGAACAGCAGCGAAGCCGCCAACAGGUCAUCCCCUCGCAAAUAUGAGCCUGCGCUGCAGAACAAGAGCCCGAUUUACAAGGGCGCUCCUGGCGACAGCGACGUAGAAACAGGCAGUCCCUGAUACAGACUGCCAUGGACCCUGGGGAGUGUUGCAGAGCAUCUUCACUCAUUUUGGCAGUCUGGUUGAACAGGCGGCCAAAUGCUGAAGUGUAGGCGGCCUGGAACGCAGCCCUGGGUUUAAAGGAGGAAGAGGCAAGAAAACGCCACACACAUCUUACCUCUGACUUGGAGGCUGAUUAACUUGAUGGCUUGACACUGUGACAGAGCUACAUUCUGGCCCAUGUGUCUGUUUUAAUCUGUCUGUUUGUACUUAGCCUUAGCCCUCUGGAGAUCUACCUAUAACACAUGCUUUGAAUGGACCUAACUAACAAAGAGUACUGCGGUACCGUUCUCUAAAGCCGUUAACUGGAAGAAUGUUACACUUAACCUGUUUUUCGUCUCUGCUUUCUCUCUGUUGUCAAUGCGCUGUAGCUGUGUGUGGAGUCACCUGGCCACUAGGGGUGAAUGAGAACUACUAUGUACUUCACUAAAAAAAAAAUAUAUCUACAUAUAUGACUUGAGCCAGUGAGUUUACGAUCAUCAAGACACUUGGAUCAGUGAGCUAGACUUUGAGUUGUAUAAGAAACAUGGAUAGUAUUUUUUAAUAAGGUUAAGCUGUCUAGUUUAUUGUUCUUGGUUUAUUGCACCAGCCUGUUUGUUUGUUUGUGUGUAAACAGGGUAGCACGAAAGCUGUGCGGUUUACAGUGCGAGUCAGGGCCUCAGUGCAGUUAGGUCAGUAGCACACGGUCGAUGUCAUCUACACUGCGCGGUUCAGUGUCUGAGGCCGAAGUUCAUGCUUUACAGAUUGGAUGCGUUUUUAACACACUAUCGCCUUUGUGCCCCCCUGCUCUCAGACACCCAUACAGUAUGUGAACACAGCAACUGGCAACAACAUUUGUUGCCUAUCGCAAAUGAUCAGUGCCGUGCUUUUUGUCUCGCAUAUAGACUGUGUUGAAAUGGUAUUUGCAGGUAUUUUGUGUCCUUCCUUUCAACCUACACUAAAAAAGUGAAAUUGUUUGGAAAAGGUCUUGAAAAGCCAAAGGGACGAGAAACUACUUUUCGACCCACGUAGGGCCUUUUUUUUUUUUUUAUCCAGAAAGUGAAGUAAAAAAAGCAAAAUAAACCAAGAGAUAUAAGAUUGAAUCUUAUAUCUCUUAUAAGAUUGAAUCUUGUAUAUCUUGCUUUAUUUAUCUAAGCUCAUAUUUGUUUGGAUACAAGAGUGCGUCGAAAUAUCUGUAUGGGUUUUACAUAAUCCAUUUAGUUAAUUAGCUAAAUACAGAUUUUAUUACAUGAAUUACACACUGUUUGCUUAAAAUGCUUUGCCCAAAUAGUUUUGCAGAUCUAAGGACGUCGACAGAUAUUCACUUAACAAAUUAAUUAAUUGCAUCUAGUUAUCUUCUGACAGGCUAAGGAAUAGGGCUUUUUAAAAGUUCAGUCAAUACACAAUGAAUUACUAAUUAACAUCAGUUUGCCUCUGUAUGACCAACUUUGGUGUCUGGGAGCAGGUGGUCUGUUUCUGAACAAGGGUCUGUCUUUUAUUACCACUAAAAUAGUUCCAUCACCUUUUUUUAUUUUUACUUUCUUGUGAAAAGACUGAUGUUUUCACAAAUGUUCUUGUUUAGUUUCAAUUGAAACUUGUUCUUGGCAGCUUUGUCUGUUGAGCCCCCAUCACUUGUAUUUUAUUCCACUUUAUUGUAUUUUUACAACUUUAUUUGCUUUUUUUCUGAUAGAACUGUUAAUAUUUAAAUGUUUAUAGUGUUUGUUUUGGGAUAGCUUUCUUUUUGCCUUUUCAUAUCAGUCUCAAUCAAUUAAUUAUUAUGCUUUGUAGAUGUAUUUUAAUCGUUAAAUGUACAGUUUUUAGUGUGCUGAUAUGUUUGGUCACAGUGUUUUUCUUUUCUUUUUUUCCCUUUUGUCUUGCAGCAUCAAAUGAUUAAGUUGUGAUAUUUUGUGAUCUUUCCCUGACCAAAUGAACGUGUUUUUGGAAACUGAGCUUUCCAGAACUAUGAAUGACCACUAAAAGUUGGUUUCUAAAUUGUGUAAUUUAAAAUGAUUUUAACCCAAUCCUCUGAAGUCAAUAUAACUUAUUGUUAAUAGCAUCUUUUCUGUUCUUGUAAAGUGCUUACUGUAAAAUGUACAGUAUUUGUUUAAAACUUUAUCUUUUCAUUUGUAUAAUGCUGUAAAUUAUACAAAUAAUUGUCUUUAAAAUAUGACCGUAAGUGUAAUUUGGUAAGAGAUGUUUUUUUGUAAAUUACAUUUGAAGGCAAUUCAUAUGACACUUGAUGCUGCUGAAAUCUAAACUAUACCAAUCCUAGUCCCCCUUUCAGGGGUCCUGGUGGAUGCAGUAUUGAAGCAUUUCUGCAUAUGUUUAAAAGAUAUCCCAUUAAUACUCUUUUUGCUCAGAAAAUGCUCCCCACUUUACACAUGUCAGAACUUGACAUGCCUCCCCAAAACAUAUGUGGAGAUGGGAGGGUGCAGUAAGGAUAGAUGUGGAUUCUAGAUGUUGUGAAUCAAUAAUCUGGUGCCUAAAGAAACAUCCUUCUGCCUGAGAAAGGCAUCGGGGCCGGUAAGACAAGAGUAGAUUUAAAUGUAAAACUCGUAUGUUUUCUUGCUUGCCUUCCAGUGACAGACCCCCACGAAGGGUUCAUUUAUCAUUAAAAAGGUUAUGUGAUGUGGCUGUGACUCACUCAUUCCCAGCCCUUGUGCCUUUCAAAAAAUAAAUACCAUCAUCUCCCCUGUGAUCAUCUCAUUAACAGCAAUGGAUCUAUUUUUGUGUUUUAUAUCCUGUACAUAUGGCUGUCAUGUAUAAAACAAGCUGUAUUUUCAAUGUUUGUUUUUUUGUUGUUUUUUUUAAAUAAAACAAUCAUUCUUGCUUAUGGCAGAUA